CCACAGGAAGCUCCUGGAGCACAGAGGGAUCAACACCAUAAAACACUUGAUCAUCUGUUGACUCGCACCCAAGAACAAAAAUGACAUCGUCAAACGGCAUUGCCAACCUCACCAAGGAAUGGCUUCAUACUCUGCGCCAUUGGAAGCUGGAACUUUUUUACAUCCCUACUACGGCUAUCGCUCUGGCAACCUUGGUAGCCAACCCUAUUCUCCUGACUUGUAUUUUUACAUCCCGCACCUUGCGUCAGGAAACACGUUACUUGCUGGUGGCCAACACCCUGAUAGCAGACACGCUCUUCCUCAUCGUGCACCUUGUUACUGUGUUCACUAACCUUUCUGGAGCCGGGAUGCCUUGGCUGGUUUGCGAGCUGGUCACAGCUGUCACCAUCACAACUUACAGCAGUGCCAUCCUCACAGUCACUCUCAUGGUGGUUGACACUUACGCCGCGGUCCGCUGGCCACUUCAUUACCGCGACCGCCUUCCACCCUCACGCACCCACUGCAUCCUGGUAGGGGUGUGGCUGGUGGCAGCCGUGUACCCUUUCAGUCUGGUGACCCUGAUGGAGGUUGAGACGGACAGCCACCAUGAAAAGGUGCAGCUCUGUCUGGUCCUCAUCUCCCUCGGCUUCAUUCAGGCACAAAACAUGCUGGCUGUCUACAUCUACUUCUUCGUGGCUGCAAUUAUUUGUGCCUUGCUGAUUUUUUACUGUUAUAUUCGACUCUACAUGGUGACAAAGACGCAGGGCAUCUGGCAGAACCGCUUCUCCAGGGCCCGGGUCACACUUUUGAUCCAUGGGGUUCUGCUCCUUCUCUACUUCACCCCUGGAUUUAUCUUUGCUGUGGAGCUGCACCUGUUCCAGAAGCCACAAAUCAGCCACGAUGUACGUGUGUGGGUCAGCACAGUGAAUAUGUGCAUUUUUAUGUUGCUGCCCCAGGUGUUUGCUCCGUUCCUGUACGGACUGAGGUUCAGAGAGAUCUCCGAUACCGUCAGGCAGCUGCUGCAUCGGCACAGAACAUUUGGCAACAACACGUAG